UGUUCUUCUCCAGCGACUGAUAGGGACUGACCAUUCCUGUAACAUGAAUGUUUCUCUCGUUUUCAACGUUAACAAUUGGUUUAUUUGAAUUUUACUGAACCAGUUUUGGACUGCACAGAAACGUUUUUUUUUUUCCACCCUAAAGGAUUUUUAGCAUUAUAAUUUAUUUUUCGUUCCAAACAAAAAAUUGACUUCAGCAUGGAUCCAACUGUGGAGUAUAGAGAUACCGAUGAUUAUUAUUAUGGUGACAAUGAAACUAUGUGUGACUACUCUGAGUGGGAGCCGUCCUACUCCCUCAUCCCUGUCCUCUACAUGCUCAUCUUCAUCCUGGGCCUGUCUGGGAAUGGAGUGGUCAUCUUCACCGUGUGGAGGUCCAAGUCCAAGCGUCGAGCAGCAGACGUCUACAUAGGCAACUUGGCCCUGGCUGACCUCACCUUUGUGAUCACUCUGCCCCUCUGGGCCGUGUACACUGCAUUGGGCUACCACUGGCCCUUUGGUGUGGCCCUGUGUAAGAUCAGCAGCUAUGUGGUGCUGGUCAACAUGUACGCCAGUGUCUUCUGCCUCACCUGCCUGAGCUUUGACCGUUACCUGGCUAUCGUCCACUCUCUGUCCAGCAGCCGGCUGCGGUCGCGGGGCACAAUGUUGGCCUCCCUAGGGGCCAUCUGGCUCCUCUCAGGCCUGCUGGCCGUGCCCACUCUGCUGUUCCGCACCACCAUGGACGACAUCAACAGCAACCGCACCACCUGUGCCAUGGACUUCAGCCUGGUCACCCUGAACGAGAGACAUGAGUCCCUGUGGAUCGCAGGGCUCAGCCUGUCCUCUUCCGCCCUGGGCUUCCUCCUGCCUUUCCUGGCCAUGACCAUCUUCUACUGCUUCAUUGGCUGCACCGUCACACGCCACUUUAACAACCUGCGGAAGGAGGACCAGAAGAAGCGUCGUCUGCUGAAGAUCAUCACCACCCUGGUGGUCGUGUUUGCCAUCUGCUGGACCCCAUUCCACUUGCUGAAGAGCAUGGAUGCCCUCUCCUACCUGAACCUGGCUCCCAGCUCCUGUGGAUUUGAGCGCUUCCUCCUGGUGGCCCACCCUUAUGCUACCUGCCUAGCUUAUGUCAACAGCUGCCUCAACCCCUUCCUGUAUGCCUUCUUUGACCUGCGCUUCCGCUCCCAGUGCCUGUGCCUGCUCAACCUGAAGAAGGCCAUGCAUGGACAGAUGAGCUCCAUGUCCUCCACGCUCAGCGCCCAGACACAGAAGUCAGAGGUACAGUCUCUGGCCACCAAAGUGUAAAGAGAGGGGACGGAUAGGUGGAGUGGAACCGCUGGCUGGAUCCCUGUGCCACCACAGGAACACUGACUGGCAAACGCACAGACUUUUGGUGUCCGUAAUGAAAUGCUUUUAAGGUGUAAAAGAGACAAAGGAACCAUAUCAGAUGAAUUGACUUUUGUUUUCCUGAACAUGGGUUUGCAUAUAUGUUUUCAUUCUUGAGUGUAUGUGCAUUUCUCUCCCAUUUCCAACCCAACGGGUGCUUCACUGGGUAGGGGAGAAGCCCAGAGAGUCCUCGACCCUACAGAGGUUCCCUCUGACCCCUGGACUGGACCCUGAAGCUGGGGCUUCUCCCCAACCCAGUGAUCUCUGGCUGAUCUCCAUAUCGCUGCUUCCUUUUAUUCCACAACCUUUCAGAAAGUGACAGAGGUAAAUAUUAUUUUCAGACACAAUCAUUUUCCUGUUGUCUUUUUCAAAUGUUGUUCUUCACUCUACAAGGGACCAGAAUUCUGAACAAAGAGGCAGACAGUCAUAGAGGGUUUAUUUGUGUUGUUGUUACGUAUUUCAUAUGCAAACCUGUUUACACUGGGUAAAUCACAAAUUUGUACAGUAUUUUCAUACUUUUGCUGUUUAAGAUGUGUUGAUAUUUUUUUGUUUUAUUACAAGCACUUGUUAAAUGAAUUAAAUGUUAAAGAGGGGAAAGUUUGUUUGCAAAGAGACUAUCUUCUUAAGCUUGUUGUUUGUGAAGGUAGGAGACUGGGCGGAGGGGGGUGAUGUAAGAAGAGCUAAGGUGUUGCAGCUUAAUUACAUACUUUGAGGAGGAGAUGGGGUGGGGGGGGGACAGACAGGCAGAUGGCAGCAGACAAAUGUUGUCGGGGAAGCAGGUGGGGUGGGGGCUUUACAGUGCACUCUUGGUGUCAGAGGGGAAAAGGAAACUUCAUGAAUGUUUUAUUAUUAUGCAUAUAUGUUGUAUUUUUUGACAUCCGUGUAACUAACUACUGUAUUAAAGAAAUAUGUUCUAU